AUGAACUGGGAUCUUGCAAAUUUGGCUCAUGUGGACGAUGGCUUAGUUGGUAAAAGUAUUUUAAAAGUCUUUUUACCAAUUUUUCAGAAUGAUAUUGCACCGCUGAAACGAAUUUGUUAUAAGCAAGCGAGGCAUUCCAAAACUGGUGAUCUCUUAAAACUUCGAGACGCUGUGAGAGUUAAUUCCACAGAUGGCGAAGCAAAUUUUGGCGCAAUUGCUCGCCUAUUCAGUGAUGACAAUGGUAUACGAAUUUUGCCUCGUCUUUAA